UGGGCGACUAAGAUAUUCUGCUCUGAACGCUGAAAGCAGGCGCGCAAUGCAAGUGCUCGAGAGGAUGAAGAGUCGCUUUGAGUGUGUCUGUCGCGCUUCAACUUUUUUCUUGUGGCCGCAGAAGUCUCACGGGGGCGACUUGGACCUCUCUACAGCCAAACCCCUGGACCCAUGACAGUUUCAGAUCUCGGCCACGUACAACUUGCCUCUUCAUGACUUGACCAAGCUCUGUGACACGAUCAUGUUGGUGCUUCUUGCUCUCUUUGCUGUGCCUACUACUGCUCUGGACAAUGGGCUUGCUCGAACGCCUCAAAUGGGCUGGAACAACUGGAAUGCAUACGGCUGUGACAUCAAUGAAACCAUCAUCUUAGAGAACGCUCAUGCCCUUGUCGACACGGGUCUCAAGGAUCUUGGCUAUAACUACUUGGUCAUGGACGAUUGCUGGUCUCUCAAACAUCGCUCUCCCACGGGCCAGCUCAUUCCAGACCCUGCAAAGUUCCCAAGCGGCAUCACAGCCCUCGUCAAUCAAAUCCACAGCUUAGGCUUACUCUUUGGCAUGUACGCCGAUGCAGGUCUCAUGACAUGCGGGAUGUACCCAGGCUCACUAGGCUAUGAACAGCAAGACGCUCAACAAUUUGCAGCAUGGCAAAUCGAUUACUUGAAGUAUGACAAUUGCUACAACCAAGGCGAGUCUGGUCCACAUCGAUCCUUUGAACGCUAUAAAGCCAUGUCUGAUGCACUCAACGCAACAGGCCGUCCAAUCCUCUACAGUAUGUGUAAUUGGGGUGAGAAUUAUACUCCCAAUUGGGCAACCACCAUUGCCAAUUCUUUCAGAAUAUCUGGGGAUGUUGGCGAUAGCUUUGAUCGGUUUGAUGCGCGUUGUCCCUGUCAGACGUUUGAGUGUGAGAGUAUUCAGGGCUAUCACUGCUCUUUCAUGAAUAUCAUUGAGAAAGUGGUCCCCUACGGUCAAAAGGCGCAUCCUGGUGCAUGGAAUGACAUGGAUAUCCUUGAGAUUGGUAACGGCGGUGCAUCAGUAGUAGAGUACAAGACGCAAUUCAGCUUAUGGGCCAUCAACAAGUCACCACUUCUGCUCGGCAACAAGUUACAUUCCAUGACGCAAGAGACGCUGGAGAUUGUAUCGAAUGAAGAGGUCAUUGCCCUGUCGCAAGAUCCAAUGGGCCGUCCUGCCGUGCGGAUCUGGAGGAAAGAGGCAAGCACUGGUACGCCUGGUAACGUCCAGCUCUGGUCAGGCGAACUAGCACAAGACGCACAAGUCGUUGCCAUUCUCAAUGCAACCCCGGAAGAGAUGCGUAUUGAAGUGACGUUUGCAGACAUCUUUCUAGAUGCACGCGAUAAGGUCAAUCAAGCGUUCCAUGUGCGUGAUCUCUGGCUGCAUGAGAAUCUCGGGAUCCAUACUCAUCAUCUGGUUGCGACUGUCCCAGCGCAUGGCACAGCGCUAUUCAAGCUGCGACCAGCACUUGCAACGCAUAGCGGUUUAUAGCGUCACUGAAAGUCUCCAAAGUCAUCCUCAAAUGCCGAUGCAGGACGAGCAGGUGGUGGUGCUAGUAAUGGAAUCUCCCCAGUCUCUGCAAAACUCUGAAGAGGCGCCUGCUCACAUUGUACAGGCUGUACGUCUUCCACUCUUGCCACUUCAGCACGUUUCAAUUUAUCGAAAUCAGCAAGAGCCACUUG